UUUGUUAACUGGUUCACGUCCUUUUACUGAAGUGAGCGACGUGUGGGUGAACCAGUGAACAUUUAUUUCAGCUCUCGCCACGCACGCCUGAAGACGACGCAUCAAAUUCGCCAUGACGAACGAGGAGGAAGCCCUGCGCAAACUGUUCCUGGGGGGUCUAGACAGGGAGAAGACCAAGGAGGCACAGUUGAGAGACUACUUCAGCGCCUAUGGCGAGGUCACUGACUGUGUCGUCAUAAAGGACGACUCGGGAUCCUCCAAAGGCUUUGGCUUUGUGACCAUGUCCACGGUGGAUGAGACAGACAGGGUCUUGUUGGACAAAGAUGACAGCGAGCCUCACAUCAUCAAUAACAAGAAAGUGGAGGUCAAACGUGCCAUACCCAGAGGGCGAGAUAUCUUGCCUGACCCGAUCAAGAAGUUAUUUGUGGCCGGCUUCAAGGAUGCCAACAUCACUGAAGACGAGUUUAAGAGUUACUUCGGCGACAAGUGCACCGUUGACAAAGUCCACAUUGUGAAAGAUAAAGAGACCAACAGGCAAAAGGGCUACUGCUUUGUCGAAUUGAGCAACCGUCACAUGGUCGACAAAGCUGCAAUCAUUGAGAAUCACGAAAUCAGAGGCAUCAAAGUGGUCGCCAAGAAGGCCAUACCCAAGGGUGACGAGGCCAUGGGCGGAGGCAGGGGAGGCGGCGGCGGUGGCAGAGGCAGAGGGCGGGGUAGUUACAACAGCGGAAGCUACGGUGGUGGGAGUUAUGGCGGGGGUGGUGGCUACGGGGGUGGUGACAGCUAUGGGUCAUACGGUGGGGACAUGUCUGAGGGCUAUAGCUCCUAUGGAGGCGACCGAUACAGCGGUGGUGGCCGAGGGCGGGGUCGUGGUAGCUACAGCAGCCGUGGAGGCGGCGGUGGAAGCUACGGGGCCAGCGGAGGCAGUAACUGGGGCGGCAAUGGUUAUGACGGCUGGGGUAGUGGCAGUGGUGGAUAUGACGCUGGCUCCAACUACGCAGGUGCAAGCUCCAAUUACGGCCCCAUGAAGGGAGGUUAUGGUGGCAGCAGUGGCAGUUACGGCAGCGGCGGGGGUUACGGAAGCAGUGGGGGUAGCAGCUAUGGUGGAUACAGUGGGGGCGGCAGAGGGGGCCGUCCGUAUUAGAUCACAUCGAAUGACUCAACCUCUGCUGAGAGAUGACUAUAUGGGACGGUAAUGUUAGCGUUACCCAAUCAAUAAAGCAGUGGGACACCAACCUAGUCAUCACAAAGCAUACCCCACUCUCUCUCAAGAAACCCCACUGGAAUAGACUGGAGAAACUUACCACUCUGAACUGAAACGAAAGCUAGCUAGAUAAGGAUCCACUCUGAAGAACUCGCAGACUACAUUUUAAGGUCCAAGGAAAGGUUUUUUUUUUUCAUCUUGGGAAGUACAAUCUAAGGUUGUGUAAUAUGUAGACGUCUGGAGACCCUGCUGGAAAACACUUGAUUUUCCAAGACUAAAUUACGUAGAAAAACUCAGUGAAUUUGCAAACUACAUAAGGCACUAUUUUCAAAGUAUUUUAAGUCAGUUUACCAUUGGCGAUUGCCCCCCCUUUUUCUGAUUCACCCCUCUGAGCCUAAACUGCACAACUUGGCAUCAGGAGCAAAGACGUGAAUCUCAACCGGGAUUAGAUUUACUGCCCACAAGAGCCUUCUUGUAGACAUGCUUGAAAGCAAAUUCACUGCAUUUUUCCCUAAGUUGUAAAUAAGAAAUGGAUUUCAGUCAGUUUAAUUUUUAAGCAGUUCUGUAAGUAACUAAAAAAUUUGAGAUAAUUUGAAUGAGAGUUUUUUUCAUCAGUGAUUUUUUUUGGGUUCGCAAUCAUUGUUCACGUAAAGAAAGUCUUGACGAUGCCAUACGAUCUUGAUGAUGUCCGAAAUGUGUCAGAAAAACAUAUAUCACUGAAAAAACCUAAUGUGAAAUAUUUCCAUCUCAUCGUCCUGUCCAUAUGCACUCCAUAUUGUCAUUUUUGGGGACCACCCCUUUUUAACCAAAUAUGUCUCUGUCAAUCAAGGUAGUUCCUUUCGCUUCAUAGCAUCAUGAAUGUUCUUGUUUCUUUGGACUACUUAGAACCACUCAGUAGCAACAUUCCAGUUAUCAUAAUCAAGUAUUAGUUCAGUUUGGUUCCAAUAACCAGUCUGAAGGCCCUCCCGCUACAGCCUUUACUUUCUUUAAAAUCAUGUACAUAAUAGUUGUUGAAUACCAAUUGAUGUUUCGUAAGUUGUGCAUUGUGACUUGUAAGUGCGUCGCAUACUUUUUUUUUUAUUUUACUCUUUUUUCUUUAAAAAGAAAAGUUAAGGCUCAGAACAUUUGCCUUUGAGUUGAAGUGCUUGUACAAUAGUGCAGUUUUUUACUUUCCCCAUAGUGUGACAAACAAUGCCUAUCAUCGUACAUGUAUGUAAACUAAUGGAAGUUGCUUUUCUCGGUGUGCUUGCGCUAACCUCAGACAUGCAGACAUUUUGGGAAACCAAUAUAUUUAAGACUAACGGUUAAGCAUGGUAUGAUGGCAGAUAAGUAAGAUCCACUAUUAAUGCCCUUUUUUAAUUCUUAGAAGUAUUCAAAUGUUAGUGAGUUUUUCGUGAUGUCAAAUAAAUGGAAGUUUUAGACCAGCCUAAUUCUCAGCUCGACUAUCUCAGCAUUUUUCUUCAUUUCAAGUUAAAUUUCCUUAAGGCAUUAAGUAUCUUGAACUGCAGUUUGAUUCUUUUUUGUUGACAGGUAUUCGUUUUUCUUUUGUUCAAAAUGCAGACAAGUUGAUCCCACAUUCCUGUGUAUAUCUUGUGGGUUUUUAAUGAAUUUCCUGAAUUAAAAGGUUUUAUUCACACCAUCCUCAAAGUCCCACAACUGAA